GAUAUAGUACUUGUAAUAUCUUGUGUCAUUGCCGUCUCACUGGAUCCUUUAUUCUUUUACAUUCCGACCAUCAAUGAGGAAGAAAAGUGCCUUGAAAUGGACACCAAGUUGAGGACUGUAUCUCUCGUUUUGCGAUCAUUCACGGACAUCAUCUUCAUUUUAGACAUUUUAGAGCAAAUUUCUAAGGCUUCAACAAUAGCUGAGAUAUGGUGGUCACUUGCAACAGACUUUCUUUGUAUACUUCCCGCUCCACAAGUGUUGAUCGUAGUCAUCUUUUACAAAAUCGAUUUUGGAUAUUUGAAUAAUUCAACGAUUAUGAAUGCUCUUCUUCUCAUUCAAUAUGCACCAAGGAUUUAUCAACUUAAUCAAUCGUUUGACAAUCUUGAGCAUGGUAUCGGAUUAUGGGUCAAAAUUGUAUUCAAUUUUUUCCAAUACAUCCUUGCUUGCCACAUACUUGGAGCCUCGUGGUUUUUCUUUUCUAUUCAACGAGAGAUGUUAUGUUGGUACCAAGUUUGUGUAAAGCAUAAGACUUGCGGAACAUAUUUCAAGUGCAACGACGUCAAUAGUUCGAGAAAUAUCACAAAACUAGUUGAACUUUGUCCAAUGAAUCCACCAAAUUCCACCGUAUAUGAUUUCGGGAUAUUCGUUAAUCCUCUGGGAACUAGUAGCAGAACACCAAUAAACUUCUCGACGAAGUUCUCAUACUCCUUUUGGUGGGGAGUGCGAAAUUUAAGUAAUUUUGGCACAAAUCUUCAAACAAGUACGUAUCUGUGGGAAAAUUGGUUUGCAAGUCUGAUUUCCAUCAUCGGCUUGCUACUCUUUUUAUAUCUCAUUGGAAAUAAUGUUCAGACAUAUAUGCAAAUGAAAACUAAGAAAGCGGAGGAGGAAGCUGAAAGGUUACGGCUUGAAGCUGAAAGGAUAAGGCGUCAACAGACAAGGAUAAAUUUAUGGAUGGAACGACAUGAUUUCCCUUCGUUUGCAAGGAAAAACAUCGAGGAAAAAAUGACAGAGAAGUAUAAAGAAAACAAAGAGGCUAAUCUUGAUAAUGUACCGACUCUAUUAUCCUUUAUAACUUCAGGUUACAAGAGGUACGCAAGGGUUAAAAUCUGCCAGAAAAUGCUAGAGAAUGUGCCAUUGCUUAAGGAUAUGGAUUUAGAUGUGUUGCUAACAAUUAGUAGAAGAAUGGAGAUAGUGGUGUACCCGGAAAAUACUUGGAUUGUUGAAAUGGACGAGCCAUUGGAUCGCAUGGUUUUCAUUACGGAAGGGACUAUGGGGAUCUACACGGCUAGAUCAGACUGUUCUCCUUCAGCAGUCAUUCAAGGGUCUCUUGAGAAAUGCAGUAUUUAUGGACAUGAACGACUACUGAGGUGGGUACUCUCACCCAACCCAGAUCUCGACCGCCUUCCUAUCUCGAAAGAAGCUGUCAAGUGUAGUACCAAAGUAGAAGGCUUUGUUCUCACAGCCGAUGACUUGAAGACAGUGCUAUCUGAUAAAGGUGUAAUCGGGGAGAAUUGUUCUGAUGAAGAUGAUGCGGAAGUUAGUGAUUCUAGUCUGAGAUCGUCAUUCCUUGUAGCAACAGCAGUGUCUCGUUUCCGGCGCCGCCUUCGAAGAAAGAAGCCUGCAUUACAUUUAGAUUUCGACCCCUCUAGCUUCAAAGGAUUAUGAGUCUGAUCCUAGUGUGACCAUUGUAUUGGUCGCACAAAAAUAUCACUGGUCGCUAUUAUAUAACAUCCAGAUAUAUAAACUUGAAGUAUGAGUCA